AUCCUCCACUGACACCUCCGCCUUUUUAAUGUCACUGGCAUUGGGGGGAACUGCCAGGAGAAGUGGUCUUGAAGGGUGCAGAUGUCUUGGAGAACCCUCCAAGACAUCUUCCCCUGCUUUAAGACGCUUUAAGGGCAGUUCCUCCACAGUCUGCUCCAUUUGUUGCUGGUUGGUUUCUGUUUGCCAGCAAUCCUUAGCUUGUCAGUGGCCUUUCUUCACCCGUGGAUUCUCUGCAGCUAAUCCUGCCUGAGGGGGAAAGGCGAUCCGGAUAGCUGGGAUGGGGAGGUGGUGCAGGGACAGGACAGAUGUCUUGAAGGAAGAGUGUCAUGUCCGAAGCAUGACGCUUUCCCGUAACUCUUGUACAGCAUUUCUCCCCUCAGCAGCCAGGGAGAGGGGAGACAGGGAAGUCAAACUGUCUGGGGGCUCUUCAGUGCAAAAGGAAAUGCCCAUUCCCUCGCCUUCUUGCACUCAGCCCCACUGCAGCGGCAUCCAGUGGCUCCCAGAGUUGCUCGUCCCUGCACAGGUCCUGUGCCAGAGCUGUGUGUGCCUUCCUGUCCCCCUGCCCAGGCGCUCUGCCAGCUGCUUGCCGGAGAAAGGCACAGCCCCAGCCUGGCAAGGGUGCCCACCUGCCUGUGAGCAGCAGAGGAAAGGGCUGUGCGGUCCCAAAAGCACAGAGCGUGCCUAGGAGCCUAAUCUCACACACAGAGACCUCAGGGAGCUCCGGAGCCAUUCACAUGGGGCCUCUCUCUGCCGGGGACACUGAGACACAGAGCUCUCCCAGUGUGAAACCCAGUGUCUCCAUCAAUGCCAGUCCAGGAACAAGGAGGCUGACUCCAGGCUGGGGCUUGCUGUGCCAUGUUCAGGUUCCCCUUUCUUGCACCUUUGAGAAGGAGCCACAGUCUCCCAUCCAAAGGCACAGACACCUCCUUAGAGGCAGCGAGACUGCCUCUGUCUGGGAAAAACCCAAGCUGUACACUGGGUGAGAGCUCUUUCCUGUUUGUCUCUUGCUUCUCAGCCAGGCUGCUGCUAAACCUGCCUCCCUGAUGAGCUGCAGAGCUCACAAAUGUCCUGUCUGUGGCUGUGCUGUGGCAGGGUGCCAGGUCUCAGCCUUCACUGCCUCCAGGCCAGUUCUCUAUCCAGCUGGCACAGGGCCAUCCUAGGCAUGUUUCUGGGCCUAUCAGUCACACAGGGACAGCGAUUUACCUCCUGGGUUGGGCUGGGCCGGGGAGGCAGCAGGAGGCAAAGAUGCCAGCAAUUUAACCAUGAAGAGAGGGACAUAGCUGGGAAAAUAUGUCCUUACACACAUGAGCCUCAAAACAGAGCAGAGGGCAGAGAUACCAUGGGCUUUCCCAGGUCCCUGUACAUGCAGAGAUCACACAGCAGCACAGGGUCUCUCAGGUGGCUGUCCUCCACCCCUGCCACAUGUUACCAUACUACCAUAAUACCUGAUAGAAAUUUAAUUCUCUGUCCCCUCUCUAGUAAUAUGUGCAACUAGGACAAUUUUAAUAGCUUUUACAUUUUAUGGAUGCCGAGGGAGUGAGUGUGAGAUGACUGAACAAAACUCCACCUUUCUUCAAGCCUGCCUUCCAUAGGAAACUGCUCUAAAGAAAUACAACAGCAAGGGUUGGUGGGUGGGCAGGGCCAAGAGUCAGCUGGGCUGUAGUGGUCCCAGCCCUGAGGUCUAACAGAAAUCCCUGGAGACCUGGUCAGCCUCCAAGUGCAGCUUGUUCUUCCUCUGAGGGUAAGGCAGGACAGCAGGAAGAACGAUGGGUGUGAGCCCUUGCAGAACAGGGAGAGGAAGAGCAGCAAUGCCUGGGUGCAGGAGACCAUGUGUGAGACAGACAAACCAAGCGACAACACUAGGGGAAAGAGAAACAGUGGGGAAAUUACAUUUCACCAGAGGUCUCAUUUUGCAGCACAUCCUGUGCCCAAGCAUAGAUAUUUUCGUGGUUGCUUUGGUCUUCGUUGCAGAUUCAGAACAAUGGGCGUCCUCCAUGUGAGCUUUCAGUCUCUCCAGAAGCCCUUUGAGAAGAAGCCCUCCAAGGGAGGCUACAAGAAGUGAAAGAAAAGCAACCAGGGGAAGUGGACAGCGGGAAGCAGAAGCCCGCAGGACGGCACUAGAGGACAGUACACAUUCCGGGGAGAGGAGCACUCGGGUUUGCCAGCCAGUCUGAGAGGAGCAAGGUGGAUGGCAAUCACAGGCAUCCCCGCAGCAGCUUUUACCAUGGUAGCAAGAAAGCAUGCAGGCACCAGGAUGGGUCUGCUGCCACAGAGGUGUACCAAGAACCUGCUGCCCAUGCUGGCUUUACUGGAGACUGUUGGGACGUUGGCCUUGAUGUCCUACGCUCUGCUGUACGAAGCCGGAAACCUGGUGAACCUCCCUGACAAACGCAUUGGCUUUUACAACUUCUGCCUGUGGGAUGAUGCAGCUGGGGAGCUGCAGUGCCUGGACAGCAAGCAUCUGCAGGCAAUGGGCAUCAGUCUACUACAACUGGGACUAGCCAGGGUUUGUGUGUAUUCCUGCCUGGUCUUCAUCCUCUUCCACCUCCCUUUUGUUUUAAAUGUGAAUUGCACAGGGCAGGGAGAGGGAUGGAAGAUGAUUCACAUCAUACUCUUCAUCAAGAUGAUUAUCCUGUCUGGAGGCCUGGGUAUGUUUCUUUUACAAACCUCGCAGUGGAUUAAUCCCUCUGAUUUCACUGGAGGCUUCCUGGCACUGCUUGGGACUCAGGCUCUGCUACUGCUCCAGAUUCUCACUGUCACUGUGUACCUCAGCUGGGCCAAGCACACACAUAUGUGUCAAAACCAUUUAACUGAGGAGGCCCUGCCCACUAAGAUUUGACAGUGAAGGAGAUGAGAGAGCUAUCGGUAAUAUGAUUUAAAGUUGUGAUCCAAAUACAGCUUUACUCCCUAGAAAAAAUCUGAUUCCCAGUCCAAAGGCUCGUGUCCAGCCAUGCUCUGGCAUGUUGCUGCAUGCAGCAUUCCUGCAUCAAGCUGGCAGCAAACUGCAGCCACAGCACAGCCACAGCACAGAAGCUUCCCAGGUACAACAGCAUGUAACACCCCUCAGUUUGGGGCACAGCAUCAAAGUGACAGCACUUGUGGCCCCAAAGAGCAGGGAAGGUAGCAGAACAAGCAUACAGUGGGCACAGCCCUCUGCUCAUACCUAGUCUAAGGAAAAAUGUUGCUAGUAUCUCAUAGAAUGUGAUUAAAUUUGUAAUUAACUAACAAAAUGCUUUUAAUACAUUUUGCCCUACCAUAUAACAAAGAUAAGGGAAUUUAAAAACAGGAUAUGUAGAUUAUGUUUAACUAGGAACUAACAAAUGUUCAGGAAAAUGUAACCAAAUAGGUAAUUUCUUCAUAAGUAGACAGGAUACAUACAAUUUAAAAUAAAUAAGCAGCCAAUCAACAACCAACCUUCAGGGCUGCAAAGAAAGCUAUCUAGGACAAUACAGAAGUAUCACUAGAAAGAAGCAGGUUUGUAGUUUGAAAACAACAGACUGGGCAUGCACCAACUAAGAAAGUGCAAUAAAAGGAGGAUUAAACGACCAGAAAAACCCCGACAGAGGGCAGUAAUAAUCCCUAAAGGACACUAGAUGGCAGAAAAGACUGAAACGGUUAACUCUGUGCAUAUAAUAAGUUUUCAAAACCGGAGUUUUAUUUGUAGUGAAUAUGUAACAGCCUUGUAAGUACGUGCUGCAUUAAUUCAUCCAGUGGUUGGGAGAAUUUAUGAAAAUAAAGAAUGCCUGCUUAACAGUGA